GUUCUCGAGAAGUUCAAGAAGUUCGAGGCCGCCAAGAAGAAGAUGGAGGAGGCCAAGGGCGAGUGGAUGGAGUCGAUCGGUGAUCGCAUCGAUGCCCGCGCUGAGUGGGAGAACGCGUGCGAGCAGCACGCGAGCAUCAAAUCAGAGCGCAUGCCGCGCUGA